ACACACGUGGGUAAGUCGCGUGGCGUUGUUUACACCGCCAUAUUGCACAGAAAUAGGGAAUAUUCUGUACAUUCUUCGCUCGAGAUCGAACAUUCGUAUUCACAAUGAGCGACGAUGACCGGGACAUCGACGUUGAAAGUGACGACGAAUUAAACGAUGGUGAUCUGGACAAUCUCACACAGGCAGAGAAGAGGGCGCACCACAAUGCCUUAGAGCGUAAGAGAAGAGAUCACAUCAAGGAUAGCUUCAGCAUGCUGAGAGACUCCGUACCAAACCUCCAGGGGGAAAAGGUUAGUGCAUCCAGGGCGCAGAUUCUCAACAAAGCAACAGAUUACAUUCAAUUCAUGAGGAGGAAAAAUAACUCGCAUCAAACUGAUAUAGACGACUUGAAAAAGCAAAACUCAACAUUAGAACAACAAAUUCGUCUCUUGGAGAGAUCUUCGACGGGGGAAGUAGCCAAGACCAAUGGCAUCAUUCUCAACACCAAAUUAUCUCACUACGACGCCGGUUCCGAAUCCGACUCGAACUCCUCAGACAAUCAUCCCAAACCAGGUCACAAAUCUCGCAAACGCUUAAAAGGCGAACACUCAGGGAGUUCAAAAUCUAGCAAAAAGAAGGAUGACUCGAGGUGAUCGUGUCCAUCCUCUCUUUUUAUUCAAAUGAAUUUAUACACUUGUGCUUUUUUUAUUAUUAUUAUUUUUUUCUUCAAUGAGCAAUCAAUUUUUGUGUGUAUUGUUCAUAUUCCUAGAACCUUAUUGAUUGCCCAUGUGAUGUCUUGUCUUAUUUUGUGAGUGGUUAUGUCAAAAAAAGAACAGUGCUGCGGUUUAAUAAGAACUUUGAAAAGACACGUUCAAUUUUUUGGCCAAGAUUUAUUAACUGCAGAUGGGGGGGGGGGGGGGGGGGGGGGGGGGGUUCACUCCGAUAUUCUAUGAGUUCAAAGUAGCAAGUUAAGGAUUUUGAUGGGUAAUAUAUUUAUAGUUAAUUAAAAGAAAGAUGGUAAGCGAGAGCUAGACGUAAGAAAUAGGGUGCAUUUAUCAGCGUUUUCAAACAUAUUUCAGGCAUAUUUGCAUGGUGAUAAACGCAAGCCUGUUUAUAAUAUCUUUAGAUGUGGGUAUAUUGAAACGCUGAAAAAUUGCGUUUUGAAUGUGAGAAUGAGCCAGAAUCACGUUUCUGAGAGAUGAUAAAGGCAAAGCUGCUUUGAAACACACAUACAUAUUGGACCUUCCCAGGCUAAUUUCCGGUUCAGAGAAAUAGCGCGAGCCAUGUGCCGUGCCCUAAAAUUGACCUCCGAGCAACUCUCUGCUUCCCUGGUCAAAGGCGCAAAGCAGUUGCGCAGAGACAAGACCUUAAUUUCGAAUCUUGACGACUUAAUUAACGCGACAUCGUGCAAAUCAAGUUUGUAUAGUGGGAAUCGAUAUGUAUGUGUAGAAACGCCAUUUCUGAGUGGCACAAGAUGAUAAACGCACCCAUAGUUAGAUGACAUGAUACUAAUAUCACCUUUGACUCAAAGUCGAAGAAGAGGUCGUAUUCCAAGGACAAAAAUGAUACCACUAUUAAGCCCUGUUCAGAUAUGGCAUGAUGAACCACCGCAAAAAAGAACUGCCACAAUAUUUUGAACUUGUUAAGGAAUACCGCUGCAUAUCUGAACAGGGCUUAAUUUAAUUGUGUUGUGCAUUUAAAGCUCGAGUCCCGAUUGUAAAAGAACGUGGAGUUAUUAUACCCACUGUUUGAUAGAAGAAUGGUGGAUUGUUAAAAUGUGUGGUGUAUCGAUCCAGAGGUAGGAUUAUUUGAAUAGAGUCCCAUACAUAAUAUUAAAUAUAUAAUAGAUAUCAAUUUGAUGGGAGUAUUUAUUAUUAAAAUGGAGGCAGAUAUUGAUCUCGGUUCACUUGGUGUGAAGAAUUUGACUUUUUUUCUUCUUCAUAGAAUUUGAUGGAAUUAAGAGUAGCUGAAGAGGAAGUUAAGUUUGGGUAUUUUAAAUGGGUAAGAAUAUUAGAGGAAAGAAUUUUUAAAUAUUCUCUUCCCUCCCCCAUCCCUUGAAAACAAUAUGCUUGCCUCAUGGACAAAAAUUUAUUCGGUAUAACGUCCUCUUUCAAGAAAGAAUGUCAUCUAUUUUUGUAUGUAUUUAUUUGCUAUGCAUUUAACCUUUCGUUUAUUGUUAUCUACACACAUCCAAUGAAAUUUAGAAAAGAGUCAAAGAUGUAAAAUAUACCUUACUUGUAUUUUAACAUCUCUAAUUGUUAAUCAAAUUGUUUUUUGAACUUUUUUGUUUUAUUGUUACACAUGUCAAUUAGCAAGUACAGUUAAAACCUAGGGAAUAGACUGUGACAUCGUCUGCAGAGUGAAAGAAUGUUCAUUCACGGAAGAGUGUUUAAAAAGCUACGGUUUAGUGAUUUUUUUUUUUAGAAUAAAGAAUGUGACACUGUUUGUCUAAAACAAAAGAGAACAGAGGCCAUUAUUUUGUUCAUCUUUUCUUUGGAAAGAAAUGGCAUUUCAAAUCGACAUAUAUCAGCAUUUGAGUUUGAUGUUGAUGUUAUAAUAUCAGGGAAUAUGUAAUAGUUAUUAUUAAAUCUAUCAAUACUUUAUAAUUUAUUCAAAGUUUUGUCAUUAGAUCAUGGUGAGACAUUUUCCUGUCAAAGUGUUUUUUUGUUCAACUUUUUUUUCUCAAUUGUCUUCUUUUGUUGCUGCAAUGUAAUGCUCGAGUGAGGUUAUAUUUUGAUAAAUCAAAAUGCUGCUAUUCGACUGCAGUUGAAGAAAAACAAGGCAAACAAGUUGAAAACUAAGAGCACUUUAAGUAUGGAUGGAUACAGUUAUGAUGGCGAUCUGUAUUGGCCAAGGCGAAAAGAAUAGUUGGACAAAAGUGUUUUUGUUUUAUUGUGUACAUAUAGAGAGAGAGAGAAAAGACAUUAUUUUUAUCUUCCAGUUUCACAAUUUUCACUGUAGGUAUUCUGAAAGCUGGGGUGGUAUUCUGAAAACCGUGUAAUUUAUUUAGGUUAGUGAAACGAUGUUUAUCGUCAUAACAUAACUUAGGGCAAGCCAAUGGUUCAUGUCUGCACAAAGCUUACUCGCUUUGUGUAAUGUUAAAGAGACAAUUGUGCAAGCACUGACGGCAACUGUCAGUUUUAUGCAAUUUAAAUUCAUUAUGACAAUCAACAUCAUUUUUUCCUAACAUAAUGGAUAACAUCGUUUUCAGAAUACGACCCAUGAACAAUAUCAAUGGAAUGUAGGUCGUAUUACCGCUAAUCAUUUCAUGGCAUGAAAUCUUUGCCAAUAUCACUUUUUCAUGAAAUUUGCCAAAGUUUCUGAUUUGACACAAAUUUUCUGUCUUGAUAACGUUCCAAUGUAAUUUUAUAAAUCUUUAACAGAUUUUGACACAAUUCUUACACACAAUUUUCUUUAAAUAAAAAGAUAUCUUAAAGUACCUGUAGUCCUUUUCUUUCAAACUCAAUAAGUGAUCAAUAAAGUCUUACUCAGUUUGUACUGUGGUAAUAUGCUUGUACAGGUGUGCAUUGUUACGAGUUACAGAAGAGAUUUGUACAGGUAUGUAGAUGCUAUCACUUUAUUUGCUUUAUCAGUUCACUGAUGUACAUGUACAGAUGACAUCAUAGUCUCGAUUGAAAAGGAGGGCAUACUCUUAGUAUUAUUGUACAGAUAAAAUGAUAUCAUGUGAGUGAAUAGACAGUUUUAUCUUUACUCUUCAUCAAUGACACGACUGGGGGGGGGGGGGGGGGUGUAACCAUAAUAUUUCUGAGAGGGUGGUGUAUUGUGUCGAUUUAUUUGCUUUCACAUUUAUUAUUUAUGAAUUGUGUACUCAAGAUUCAUGUCUACUUUUGAUGUAUGACAUGUGCUCCAGCGACAAACACUCCGCGAUCAAUUUAGAAAAAAACUUGUCGGAUUAAAAACUUGAUCAUUACCAAAUUCCUAAUCCUAAAUCCGUGUGGAGAUAAAUCCUGGAGUUAAUGUCGCUGGAGUUGGAUCACCAUAGUUCCGCUUGAUAUCAUUUUGUCCAUUUGGAGCCGGAAGGGCUUAAACUUGUAUGCUUUAAAUACAGCGUUAACGCCCUUUGGGUCCUGAGAAGAUGAUUUGCAGUACAUAAAUACAAGUGUAUUCUUCAUUCCCAAAUAUGAAGUAUUCUGCUACAUGCACACGCCAAGAUCGUUAACAUUCAGUGAAUAUUAUAUUCUUAUUUGUUGUUUUGUUUGUUUUUCAAUUUAAAAAAGACAAUAAACGUUGGGAGUUAAAAUGGACGAUUGGACGUCAAAGAAUUGAUUUGGAUCAAUCAAAACUAUUGAAUAAGAUAGGGCCCUGAGCUUUAUGUGUACAUUGUGCAAGUGGCUGCUGAUUGGACAAUCCUAAACAACCAAUCAGAAUCUGUUGUAUAUGAAGCAGCAGACUUACAGCUAAGAUCUUGAUUGUGAUUGGCCAGUUGAAAAUGUUGAAUUGAGUACCCCGGUAAAAGAAGUUACAAUCAAUGACAUACAGUAGUUGGAGUUGCUAUUUAAACAAAAAUUGGAAGUUUUAAUCUUGAAGAUAAGGGUAAACCUUUUUGGUAUGUACUACGUCUAACUUUCAGGGAAUUUGCUGCUAAAAUGAGGUUUCUUUAAUAUAUAUUUUUGGUUGUGAAUUUUGCAAUAAAAUCACUUCUGGGGGAAUAUCUAGUGGCCCUUUAGCUCAAAUUGAUUUGAGUAAAUCAGAGGAGAGAACUUCUGAAGUUUAAAGGUUUCUUUAGGGUCUUGUUUGGAGAUGCAGUACUCUUAAGGAAUACAGGAAUAUGUUGAGGAAACGUAAGUAAAGAGUGAUAUACAUGUAUCUGUAAUAGGAAAAUACUGUACUGUUGUCAACCCUUAGAUAAUUUCCUUGUGUGUAUUUGAAUAGCAUUGUCUUUUUUUGGUGAAAAGUUGUGAUUUUUAUUCUCAAGAUGUGUUCUUUUCACUUUCUUUUUUUCUUCACUGGAUUGUGAAGAACUUUGUAAAUAACAGAAAGAGCUAGCACCAGUCGUGAAUUGGGAGCUAUGACUUGGAUAUAUUAUGCAUGUUACUCUUGGAGUAGAGAGUAAUAAGGGAGAGCGGACGACAGAAAGAUAGUUGUGUUCGUAGAUAUGUUUAUGUGUAUGUGGAAGGAGAAAGGAGAUAUUUGAUACAGAAAUAAAAAAGCUUUUUUGAUGUAGAAA